AUGACAAUACGGCGAAUAAGGGCAAAGCGUUUCUUGAAAAAACUGCCUUUUUUGCUGUUCCUCUUGGCUGUUUCUUGGACAGGUGUCUAUCUUCUUGGAGCCACAGCACAGGAUAAAGAAGAAAUUCAAGCAUCGCACAAAUAUGACCAAAGGGUAUUUCAAGCUGGUCCACAGCAGAAUAUUGAAUAUAAAGUUUCAAAUGCAGCGAAGAAGAAUUUGAUCGUUGUGUCUCAUGGCCGUUCUGGAUCUUCUCUUAUGGGAGAUAUUUUCAAUCACCAUCCUUCAGUUUUUUACAUGUACGAACCUUUACAAACCGUAGAGCGAAUUCACCAAAGGUUCUUCGGCAAUGUUGCGGGUUAUACGGAAUCCAGUGAAUAUGGACGUCUCGCGGACAAGUAUCUUAAUGGUCUACUUCGCUGUAAAUUUGAUCAGCCAAAUGUUCUAGAAGAUCUUGAGACUUACUACCGAAAGCAGAAGCACCCUCGUGUAAGCAGUGCCAUUGCAUCGCCGCCCUUAUGCCCUUACUAUCCAACAGAUCCAGAAUGGGACCCAAAACUAUGCCCGCCGAUGACAAGCGAGUCUUUAGCAGGAACGUGUAGAGACAAUUACGAUUUGACUGUCCUUAAAAUUCUCAUCUCUCGCAUCCCUAAGAACACUAUCGAGACUAUUUUGAAUGCCUGCAGCGCUUCAGACGUAGAUUGCAAAAUUCUCUUUCUUAUGAGGGAUCCCAGAGCCGUGAUCCCUUCUUCUCAGAGUUUUGGCUUUUUUACGAACAAAGGCGACGUUGCAAAGCGAGGACUCCGCCAGUAUAGUUACUGGCGAUGUAAGGAAACUGAGGACAACUUAGAUAUCAUAAGGAAACUACCGCAAUCACUACGUAACAGAAUCAAACUUCAAAGAUACGAGGACCUGGCGUUCGACCCACUGAAAGCCUUGUCCGGCCUUUAUGAUUUUGCUGGGCUCUCGAUGCUGGAAAAUGUGCGCACAUGGCUAAACGAGACAACAAGGCAAGAUAGGAGGAACUGUAAUGAAAUGGACGGGGAGCCAGCGACAUGCACCAAAGACGAUGCCUGGAUCGCGGCCAAUCGCUGGCGAUGGUUGGUAAAUCCACACGAUCUUGAGAUUAUUGAACACUACUGCCGAGAUGUUAUGCGCUUGAUGGGUUACAGGUUCGUAGAUAAGUCUUAUGAGCUGCUGGCUGAAAGACAUGUCCCUCUCUUCACUGACAAUUACGAAGCAAAACAGUGGUUUUCGCCUCAAUAA